AGCAGUCGUUUUGGCCCUACGCAUACCACGUACGAAGAACAACAUAUCCGGCACUCUUCCUGCUCUGAAUCUCAUGGAUCAGGUCUUCGCGAUGAAGCUAGGAGAAGGCACCCGUGACGUGCUCCAACUAUAUCAGAAAGCUCGUCGGGCCAUCAGCGAUUGCGACGAUUUGAUUCUUCCUGAGUUGAUCGUGGCUGCGCAGCAGAGUGCAGGAAAGUCAAUGCUUCUGACCCAAUUAUUGGGAGGAGGUGUGACGUUUCCGUCCGCGACGGGGACUUGCACAAAGUGUCCUACAGUUGUAUAUUCCAAAUGGUCUGCCGGCCCACAGAAGUGCACAUUCAAGAAACGAUUUUUUUUCGACGAUGUUUCUAAAACUGAGUUGAAUGAGGUACAGGUUCACCCAGGUCCAGCCAGUGACAGCGAGUUGAAAGGCACACAAGAGGUGACCGCUGAGACUUGGAAUCUUAUACCAAAUGAAAUUGCAAAGCUCCAGAAAGAGAUUCUGAAAGGGCCCGGGAAAGACCUAAAGUUGGAGUUUAGCCACAAUGAGAUCAUUGUCGAGGUGGAGGGGAGCGAGUUUCCAGAUUUGAUCAUCAAGGAUCUCCCAGGGUUGGUUGCUGGGAUGGAUAAGAGACUCUGCGAAGCACUGCAGAGCAUCACGGAACGCAGCAUGGAAAAGACAAAUGCUAUCAUUUUGGCUUGCAUCACUUGCGAAACCCACAGCGACAAUCAGGGUAUAUUGGAGCUUGCUCGGAAGUUCGACAAGGAAGGAAGAAGAACGAUUGGAGUUUUAACAAAGCCAGAUCGUAUUGAGGCGACUACCGAGAAACCAUGGAUCGAACUCCUCAAUAACGCACACAAGCCCCUGAAGUAUGGUUGGUACGUAGUGCGCUGCCCAGACCAAAAACAAUAUCGUGAUCAGAUCAGCAAUUCCAUGGCUCGCGAGAACGAAACUCGAUUUUUUGAUGAGGAGGACGUUGGGAAAAAGAUGAAGAGUGCACAGCCAGACCGUUGCGGAAUCAACAAGCUGCUGGCAUGCGCUUCUUCAAUUGUUGCCGACCUCGUGCGUGUCCAAGUCCCUGUUUUACGUACCAGGAUAUGCCAGAACAUCGAGACGUACAAGGCAGAGUACGACCGACUGUUUGAGUCAUGCGGCGUUGCCGUCCCAGAGGAUCGUAUCAGGGACCACCUGCUGAAAGUGAUCGGCGACGUCUGCCGCCCCAUGGAGGAUGUGCUUCGCCGCAGCGACCGCACGUCCUCCGUGCUGUGGCAGUCCGUGAGGGAGAAACUGCGGAUUGCCAGAAAGAAGCUGGAGAAGACCGUCCCGACGUCGAAGCCGCCUCCACAGGCGACCCGCGCGCCCGCGCCGGCAGACGGCGGGCAGCCUCCCGAGGAGGCUCUCCUUGCGACCGCGGGGCCCUCACAGUUUUCCAGUGCCAGUGUGACGGUGGACGGUCAGGCAGUUCGGGCGCCGCUGGCCCAGGCAGAUGGGCUGCUGGAGGGCGGGGUGCAGCCCAAGCCGUCGGGGGGCACGGGCGGCUGCAGCGGACAUGGCAUCGCAAAGCUGUUCUUCAGCAGGCGCCGCACGGUCGCCGCUGGCUGGUGCGAGGCCAACGGACAAGCAGAUCCAGAUCCGCCCAGCAAGACGUGUUGGGCUUUGGACGACGUGUUGGAGAUGCUGCGGGGGGGCAAGAGCGUCUUAUAUUUUGAAAGAAACGGCGUCAAUUUUGCUGCCCAGCAAAUUAUCCACGCCAGCCUCAAGGAAUGCCACCUACCCGUCAUCGACUGCAUAUUGGAGAUCCAAGAAUUGCUCGACGACUUCUGUAAAAGGAUGAUGCCCAAAAGUAUCAACAGACGCCUCGCUUCCAAGAUGCUGCAGGGCAUGAAGCAGCUCGUUGCCCAAAAUAAGGACGCGUGCUGGAAGCAGAUGCAGACCGUACUGGACCUGUUCGGUUGCUAUGGUGGCGGUCAUUAUCCAGUUAUCCUGCGGAUCUCCAGUCUGGGUUCGGGGCGCAGAAGGGGGCCUUCUCCUCGCAGCAGGUGUUUGCACUGGAGGCUGACGUGCCGAAUGGGAAGCGGCACCAGCCGCAGAUUGUCGCUCCACAGGCCAUGCGGGAUUCAAUGAUGGGCUCAUUGGCCAAGUGGCCCCAAGGUUCAGGGUAGCAGUGGCCUCAGAUGUAUCAACUCUUCUGAGUCCACUGCCACCGCUUCUGAGGCCGCUUCCGAGACCGCUUCCGA